GGGCCAGUGCUCCUGAAUGUUGGCGAGAAUUUCAUAAGAACUGUACACUCCCUGCUGCACUACCCCUCAGCCCGUCCCACCCUCAGCCACUUUCGCCUUCCUCUCUGUCUCCUCUGUGUUUUGUUUGGCCAGUACAAUGACUGUGGGGAACAUGGAGAGUGCUGCACUGUUUGAUGCAGGGAAGAAAGGUCGUGGCCUGAGGGCUACCAAAGAGCUCAGCGCUGGGGAAGUGGUCUUCGCCGAGCCCAGCUUCUCCGCUGUAGUCUUCGACAGUUUGGCCUCUCAAGUGUGCCACAGCUGUUUCCGACGUCAGGCCAAACUUCAUCGCUGCGCUCAGUGCAAGUUUGCCCACUACUGUGACCGCACCUGCCAGACUGCAUGCUGGGACGAACAUAAGCAGGAGUGCGGAGCCAUCAAGAAGAUUGGCAAGGCGCCCACCGAGAACGUCCGUCUGGCAGCUCGUGUGCUGUGGCGCAUGCACAAGGACACAGGCAUCGUGUCAGACAGUCAGCUGAUCUCAGUGGAACAGCUGGAGGACCACGUCGCCGACCUGCCUGCGGAAGACCUCAAGCAGCUCAAGACUGACGUGCACAGCUUCCAGGAAUACUGGUCUUACGGAAGGAAGCAGCACUCUGUCGACUACAUCUCACACAUCUUUGGCAUUAUCAAGUGUAAUGCAUUCACACUGAGUGAUCAGCGAGGCCUGCAGGCUGUUGGUGUGGGUCUUUUCCCCAACCUGUGUCUGGUUAACCAUGACUGCUGGCCUAACUGCACUGUCAUCCUCAACCAUGGCAACCAGUCAGCUCUGAGCUCUGCUCUCCACUCCCAGAGGAGAAUCGAGCUGAGAGCUCUGGAGAAAAUUCCAGAGGGUGCAGAGCUGACGGUCAGCUACGUGGACUUCCUCAACCUGUCCGCUGACCGCCAGAAGAAGCUCAAGGAGCAGUACCACUUUGAGUGCACCUGCGAGCACUGCAGCCAGCACAUCAAGGAUGACCUGAUGAUGGCUGCUGCAGGGGGCGAGGGGAACAAACCCUCUGCUGAUAAGGUGAAGGAGGUGACUGACUUCAGUAAAGAGUGUCUGGAGAAGAUUGAGAAGUCUCGUAUUCAGGGCAAUUACCAAGAGGUGGUGAGGCUGUGUCAGGAGUGUCUGGGGAAGCAGGAGAAUGUCCUGGCUGACACUCACCUCUACCGCCUGCGUGUGCUUAGCGUUGCCAGCGAGGUGUUUUCGUACACAAAGUCCUUCUCUGAGGCUGCAGACUGCUCCCGCAGGAUGGUGGAGGGAUACAUGAAGUUGUACCACCCCAACAACGCCCAGUUGGGCAUGGCCAUCAUGCGGGCAGGCGUCACCCAUUGGCAUGCCGGGCAGAUAGAGGCGGGCCAUGGCAUGAUCUGCAAGGCCUAUGGCAUCCUCAUGGUCACCCAUGGACCCAACCACGCUAUCACGAGAGACCUGGAGAUCAUGCGCACGCAGACUGAGAUGGAGCUGAAGAUGUUCAAGCAGAAUGAGGAGGUGUACCACACUAUGAGGGACGCCGCUCUGAAGAACCAGCCCAUUGCCAGCAGCUCCUCCCACUGACAAAGGGAUCAAAGACCUCCUCCGCAAGAAGUAGUCACCCUCACCGCUAACGCUCCUCUGUCGUUAAAAGCUCUGUUCUGAGGGCAGGUCCUCUAAAGCACCGCACCCAGCCCCCGUGCUGAGUCUCUGAACCACCCGUGUGUCUGAUGAUACACCGUUCACUGUAAACUGACACGUGCAGAUGUAACACAACAUGUUGCAUAUACAGUAUCUACAAUAAAAGUGGAGUCACAACA